AAGUUCUGAGAGGUUGGUAGUGCGCAUGCUCAGACUAGUUGUUGAUAACAUGUCUACCAGUGAAGACGACAAUGAGUUGCGAGAUCUUUUGGUUCAAACUUUGGAAUCAAACGGCACACUGGCAAAGAUUCGGGCCCAGUUACGUGCAAGUGUUUUCUUAGCUCUUGAGAAGCAGGAGCCAAGCCAGAAUAAGGCUCCUUUGCUUAAUGCCAAGCUGAAAGCAUUUUUAAAUACUAAAGAUGGACAUUUAGCUGCUGUGUUGGUGCAUGAGUUUCUGGAAUUUUUUAAUAUGGAAUUCACAGGAGUUGUUUUUGAUGCCGAAACUGGAGUGAAUUUUGAAAAAGGUCAGAGAAAUGUUUUGCUGAAAGAUCUUCAUCUUCCCAAUGAUUUUGAUUCUGUCAAAUCUUCCCCAGUUUUGUCUCAAGCAAUUAAACAAAUUGGAAAAAAUUCAGUUGCUGAAACAGAUAACAAAAACCAAAUUGUUCCUAAUGGCCUUCCUGAAAGUUGUAUAGCUGAAGCAAAGAAAAAGUUUGAUUUGUAUGACAAGGCUCAUCAACAGUCUGUAGAAAAAGCUGAUGUGACAAAUAUAUUUUGUGAACUUUUCCCUCAUUUUCAUCGAAGUAUUUUGGAAAGAUUUGUGCAAGAAGAAUGUCAUAAUGCUGAGAAAGGCAACAGCCAGAGAUAUUUUUGUUUGAUGCCCAAAGAUAUUAACUUUGACGAGUUCUUAACUAUGUACAAGCACCUGUUUGAAUAUUGUAAAAAGGUUGUCCUGAAAAGUUACGUUUUGGAAGAGAAAAAUAUUGGUGAAACCCCUGCUGUUAAAAAUAACAAACUUCCUGCUGUAAAUAAUUCCACAAAUAGAACUUUGGACCAUAAAUUGGGAAAUGGUUUUACUAAGUUCGAUGGUUCUGUGAACAGGAAAGCAGACUCUUUCAGUUUAUCGUCUGAUUGGAAUAAUAUCAAAAGCUCCGACUCAAAAGCUCUCACUCAACAGUCAAUGUCCCUGAACAGUUUAUUGCCAGACACUCCAGAAGAGGACCCUUUCUUUGAUGAUCCCUUUCUACCUACAUCUCCCGGACUCAAAGCAUUAAGUCGGUGAGUGGUUUUAUGUCGUGGCUUUCGUGAUUUGUCCACUUCGAUCAUUUCAUCGCUUUGUUUUUUCAAUAUAUUGACUUUGUUUUCAUAAUAUUCAGCUUCACCACAGAAAAAAAAAACACCAAAAAAAAAAACAAAACAUUUACUAAAUUUUGGAUCCUGAUCAUUUCCAGAUUAUAUUUCAUUUGGUCAAUUUGUUUUCGUAACUAUCAGCUGCUUUCUGUAUG